GAGGGUUUUGGGUUUAGCGAUUUUGGGGGCGACACGGUUGCGGGAAAGGGAGGGGGAGGGUUCAGGUGGGUUGGGGCUGGUGGUGCGACGCGGGUGGUGGUUUCGGCGAGGGGUGCAGUGAGUUGGGGGGAAGGGGGUGGUGGCUGGGUAGUUUAGGUUUUUCUUUUUAAUUUUUAAUUAAUUUAUUUUUUUAAUUUUUUUGGCCAAUAAUAACACGACACGUGUCGUUAUGGACCCACUUAACGGAUUCCUUAACGGAUUUCGUUCAGUGGUAGCAAAAUUUAAAAAAAGGGCAUAUAUUAGGUAGCAAAAUUCAAUAAAAGUUUUGAUAGGUAGCAAAAAUCAAAAUUUUCAAACGUUCAACUACAUUUUAAAUUUUAACUACCGUAACUAAAAACGAUCAUUCUUCACUAUCCUAGGCCAAUGAGCAGGCUCAAAGCUCACAUAAGACCGCCGCCGCAAUCACCACCACUGCCGCCGUCCUUCACCGCAACAAAAUCCUUCAAUUCAACGAUUAACCGCCUUUCUUCAUCGGGUUCUCACCGUGAUGUAUUCACCACCUUCUCUUCAAUGCUCAACUCCCACACUCCCUCAGAUGCUCACACUUUCCCCUGUCUUUUUAAAGCUUGCACUUUUCUCAACAAGUUUUCACUUGGCAUUUUGUUACAUCAACGUGUUAUAAUUCAUGGGUAUUCUUCAGAUUCCUAUAUUUCUUCUUCUUUGAUCAAUUUUUAUGCGAAAUUUGGUCGGGUCAAGAAUGCACAUAAUGUGUUUGAUUUAAUGCCUGACAGAAAUGUAGUUCCUUGGACUGCUAUAAUUGGGUGUUACACGCGCUCUGGGGAUGUUUAUAGGGGGGUUCAUUUGUAUAAUAUGAUGAGAUAUGAGGGAAUUUCACCUAGUUCUGUUACCAUGUUGAAUAUUCUAUCUGGGGUUAGUGAUAUUUCUUUGUUGGAGUGUCUACAUGCUAGUGUAGUUCAGUUUGGUUUGUGUUCUGAUCUUAAUUUGGCUAACUGUAUGUUGAAUUUGUAUGGAAAAUGUGGGAGAAUUAAAGCUGCUAGGGACUUAUUUGAAGUGAUGUUUAAGAGGGAUAUUGUUUCGUGGAAUUCAUUGGUUUCGGGUUAUGCUCAAGCAGGGAACUUUAAGGAGAUAUUGAAGCUGUUUAAAAGAAUGAGGAGUGAAGGUAUCGGCCCUGACCAGCAGACAUUCGGGACUCUUUUGAGUGCCUCCGAGUCUUUGCAAACUGAUGUUGAUUUGGGAAGACUGAUUCAUGGACAGAUUGUGACAUGUGGAUUGCAUGUGGAUGCACAUUUAGCGACUUCACUCGUGGUCCUGUACUCGAAAUGUGGAAAUUUCUGCAGUGCGUUUAGAGUAUUUGAAAGGGUUUUAGAGAAGGAUGUGAUUCUUUGGACUUCUGUGAUAUCUGCAUUUGUACAGAAUGAUAGUGCAUACAAUGCAUUGAUGGUCUUUAGUCAAUUGCUGGAUUCUUGUUGUACUCCUUCUACAUCAACAAUAGCUACAGUUCUUGCUGCGUGUGCAAAAAUUAGUUCACUACGACUUGGGACUUCAGUACACGCGUACCUACUACGUCAAAGAAUGACUCUAGAUAUUCCUGUUCAAAACUCACUGAUCACUAUGUAUGCAAAGUGUGGUCUUCUAAGGCAAAGUUAUGCCAUUUUUGACAAUAUGAGUGAGAGAGACAUAGUUUCAUGGAACGCAAUUGUUGCAGCAUAUGCACAAAAUGGUGAUCUGUGGAAGGCAUUGUGCUUGCUUAAUGAGAUGAGAUCAAUGCUCCAACAACCUGACUCUAUAACCAUUAUUUCCCUACUCCAAGCCUGUGCUUCCACAGGGGCUCUGCAACAAGGGAAGUGGAUCCACAAUUUUCUCACCAGAAGCAUUUCUCAGCCGAGCAUAAUGGUUGGUACAGCUUUAGUUGACAUGUAUUCAAAAUGUGGUGACCUUAAAACAGCUCACAAGUGUUUUAAUCAGAUGCCGAAGCAUGAUAUUGUCUCAUGGAGCACAAUUAUCACUGGAUAUGGCAGUCAUGGAAAAGGGGAGAUGGCUUUAAAGCUGUUUUUGGAUUUUCUACACUUGGGGUUUCAACCAAAUCAUGUCAUCUUUCUUUCUGUUCUCUUCUCUUGCAGCCACAAUGGACUGGUUUCUGAAGGUCUAAGGAUAUUCAAUGCAAUGAUACAUGAGUUUGGAAUUAAACCAGAACUGGAGCACCGUGCUUGCAUUGUUGAUCUGCUCUGUCGAGCUGGAAGGCUUGGAGAGGCAUACAAUUUCAUAAAGACAAUGUUUUCCAAUCCCACGGCUGAUGUUUUGGGCAUACUUCUUGAUGCAUGUCGGAUAAAGGGUGAUGCUAUACUUGGUGAUAUUGUCGCAAAAGAUAUCAUGAUGCUGAAACCUGCUUGUGCUGAGAAUUAUGUGCAGCUGGCUCAUAGUUAUGCUUCUAUGAAGAGAUGGGAGGGGGUGAAUGAUGCAUGGACUCAAAUGAAGGCUCUUGGACUGAAAAAGCUCCCAGGUUGGAGUUAUAUUCAGCAACAAGGGGAAAUUACCUCAUUUUUUAAUGGUCAGAGUGAUCAUCCUCUCAAUGAAGAAAUGUUUUGGGUCCUGGAAAUAUUGGGUUAUCAAAUGGAUGAACUGAGGUUCAACCUGAGUAACAGUAGUUUGAAUGACAAUAUUUAUGAAACUAAUGUUUUAUUUGGGUGAACAAGGUCCUAUAACCAAUUUACUUUUGAUGAUUAAUUUGAGGACAAGAGUGUGAUUAUUCAGCAAUUUACAGCUUGUAGAAUCAUUUUCCAGCUGCUGUCAGACCUGCAUACCAAAGCCAAGGUUAUAAGGCCGGAGGCCCUCUACUGGGAACUGAAAUUCCGGGACCAAUAUCCUAUCAAAGUACACUGAUUGAACAUAUGGAUGGUUAACUUAUGCAUAUAUUCAGGGGACGAUUUUAUUGUGUGUGAUCGCAUUUUUUCUGUAACCGAUUUUUUGACCAUUAAUUGGUACACAUGAGCUGACCAGCCAUUGCUCUAGGCAUAUGCUGGAGUGGCGUGAGUAAAUGGGAGGAGACAAAUGUGAACUGCUCUUCUGUGAUGACUGAACAGAUCAUUUACAGAUUGUAUGAAGCAUGAUCCUGAGGUUAGUGAAGAAAUGGAGAAGCACUUUGCAGAUCUUGUGGCAGACGAGCUGAGACAAAAAGAGGCCGAAGCCUCAGAAAACCAGCGAAGAUCUGAUAUGGGGUUGCUAGAAGCUAAGAAGUUCGCGUCUCAGUAUCAGAAAGAGGCAGAUAAGUGCAACUCAGGCAUGGAAACUUGCGAAGAGGCAAGAGAAAGAGCCGAGGAAGCCUUAGAAGCACAGAGAAAGAUAACCGCAAUGUGGGAGCAAAGAGCACGCCAGAAAGGAUGGAAUGAAACCGUUGCUAGAAGAGCUCGAGAAAAGAAAUGAUUAGCUUCAAGUUUGUAAGUCCUUGAUUGCUUUCCUAGUUGAUAGUGCAGAGCACAGUUUUAUUAUUGGACAAACAUCUAGGCUUUAGCUAAUUUACUAAAUUUUGUUUACAGUAAUUCUUAAUAAUAAUACUAGUACAUAUGAAACAUUGAUGGGAUGUGUAUGCUGGAAAAUGAGCUGGUUGAGUAGAAGUCUUAUUAUCAUCCAACCAAGAAAUUGCUGCUUGGUCAUUUUUCAAUUGGUU